UUUUUUUCAUACUUCAAUACCAACCCAUAUCUUAACUUUUAUUUUUGUGUGUCCAUGUUUAGAGUGGUUGUAAAAGUGUUUUCGGCAUAAUUUCAAUUUAUUUGAAAUGAAAACUAAGUCUCACUGAUUACUCAUCGUUGAAACGUUUUCACGAGACUCCACAAACAUUAUACGAGAGAUAAGGUUUUUGUUGUGUUUCCUUUUCUAUACGUAAAUUAGGUUUUAGUAUUUUUGCCUUUUUGUUGUAUGUUAGAUUAUAUAUAUUUUAUAAUAUAUAUACAAGGGUCGAUCUCUUAUGAUCAAAUUAGGGCUUUGAGUAAAUUAUGGAGCCAAAAGAAAAGAAGAAGAAGAGGAAAACACGCUACCGAAAGGGAAGAACACAAUCGAUUCCUACCGACCUAACCAUAGAGAUACUCUCAAGGCUUCCUGAGAAAUCUGUUGCUAGGUUCAGUUGUGUGUCCAAGCUCUGGUCAUCAAUCACCUCCGACCCAUCUUUCCCACGGCCGCGCCUUCUACUCUGUUUCCAAAAAUAUGACGACUCGGACUUGUAUGUUUCCUCUAUUCCACAGCAUACUCGGAACUCAAACAACAGGUCCUACUCUUCUUCUCUGUCUUUUGAUCAUCAUCAUAUGAUGAAACUCCCAAGUUGUUAUAAUCUGUUCUCAUCUAAGGAAUCUGUCCAUGGCUUGAUCUGCUUUCAAAAAUCAGAAAACCCCAUAGUCUGGAACCCUAGCACGAGACAGUUCAUAGCUUUACCAAUUUUACCAAUACCAUGUAAGGACUGGAAAAAGACAACACUGUUGUUAGGAUAUGAUCCCAUUGAAGGUAAACACAAAGUAGUGUGCCUUCCCUUUAAAAGGACUUGUUAUGUGUGUCGAGUUUUUAAAUUGGGAUCAGGUCAAAAAUCAUGGAGAAAUGUCAAAACUAAUAUUCAGCAUCGUCCCACCAGUGAUACAUAUGAGCGAUACAUCGAGGGUGUGAUAUAUUAUCUAGCAUCUAGUGUUGUAAUGAGCUUUGAUGUCAGAUCUGAAAAGUUCGAUAUGAUAAAACUACCUUCGGGAUACUUUUCGGGACUGCUGAUAACAUAUAAGGGAAGGUUGGCUUUUUUUAGUAGAAUGAGUUAUACAACAAAUCAUAGAAAAUUAUGGAUUUUGGAGGAUGCACAGAAACACAUAUGGUCGGGACAAGACUUUCUUUUACCUUUUGCUGAUUUAGAUUAUCUGAGUUUCAAACUAACAGGUUUCACUCAUGCUGGCGAGUUUAUUUUUGUACCAACAAGGCGUAGCCAAUCGUCUCAUAUUUUACUAUACGAUCCGGUGAGAAACAGCUGGAGAAAAUUUGAAUUUAAGGGAUUAGCAGACAAGGUAUCUCUCCAUAAUGAACACCGACCUUAUGCGCUCCAUGUUUUCCCGAAUCACAUUGAUAGUCAAGUGUCUUUGUAACAGUUUACUGCUGUUUUCGUUUUCCUUUGAAUGAUAUUCUUAUGCAACUUUGGCUCUCAACGUCUCUACAAAAUGUGAUUAAAUCUCUGCUGUUCGACUUAGUUACAAAAAGCUUAUGCACCUUUGGCUCUCAACGUCACUGCAAAAUGUGACUAAAUCUCUGCCGUUCGCCUUAGUCGUAAAAACUUUAUGGACGCAUUUUUCUUCUUAAUUCCCUCUUG